AUGCGUCCAGAUUGGCGAUCAGGUUUUUCAGCAGUGGUACACUGUCUCGCCCUAUCGAAGACGUUUCGUUCUUGCGAGUGCUUUUGUCCCCGAAACAAGUCACACAAGCCAAACUGCCUGCUUUGAUUGAAUGUUCUCCUGGAGUGUCGAACCGAGAAAAGGUGGUAGAAAUACGUGGUUCAGCUAAACAUAUAGCCGGCAUAGUGGAGAGCCUCUGCCACGAAACCACCCUCCAAAGUGCCGUUCACUUCCUUCUCUCCGACCAUGAAACAAAGUUAGUGAUGCAGCGAAUGGACACUAUCCCUAACUUUGCUUGUGUUAAUAUUGGCCAGAAGAACCUCCCUCUCACAAACGACCGUAUGGUGCAAGUCUAUGGCUCUCCUUCUCAGAUCAGAGAUGUGGUAGAAAGCGUUUUGGUGGUGGUUCAAGAGAGAAAGCAUCUUUUGGAGGGUGCCUACCACGAUAAGUAUGAACCUUACCCGUCCUUGCCACUCUUUCAGAAACUAGAAAUCCCAAAAACCCUUGUGAGUGGGGCACUCGGGGUAAACUAUUCCAAGCUUGAUGGUAUCCAAAAGGCGACAGGCACGAGCAUCCACCUCGUUUCCGAGGUCAAUAGCGAGCACAAAGUGUGUUUGUUGGUAUAUGGUCAGAGCAAAGGUCCAGUGGAUCUAGCGAUCGCCAGGCUCUUUGAUGUCGUUAAGCUGGAAAUCACGCGCAAGAUGAACGAAAUUGUCGGUCGGAAGUACGUAGCAGAGACGGUCGCUCCCGUUAGCUUGGUUGACUACAUCAUAGGUGAGAGGGGUAAAACUGUGAUCCAGCUCUCCAAGAAGACUAAUACUGCCAUUGACAUUCACAGGGGCACCGGUGUGUGCCGUGUGAUAGGCUUUGAUGCUAAUACGGUUUCCUCGGCCACCACUCUGUUGGAGGUGACUAUUUCGAGGUUAAAGCUGGAGGUGUUACCAUACUUGUCCGCUAUUAAACCGGGGUACAAGUAUCAGUUUUCCAAUAUGGUUGACAUACCAACGUCUUCUGUCAAGACAAUUAUAGGGGAUCGUGCAAAACAAAUACGAAAGCUUGAAACUACCCUGAAUGUCCGAGUACGGUUCCAAGAUCUAGUCGAUCAAAAACGGAUGCUGGCAUGUGUGGUGUAUGGCGAUGACUUGGAGCAUAUCGAGCGAGCCAUGAAUGCUAUCGCUACCAUCCUCUCUCGAUAGAGUUUGGUAGGUUAAAGUACAUCCUGUAAUAAUUUCUGUAUUUUGACCGGUACUUACAAGAGCUGGCACUUACAGGAACCGGAACUUACACUCUACUUACAAGACUUUUGCAUAGUGGACAUUAUUCAAUAUGAAACUAUAACCUUGUUGUAUAACUAUCUUGUGCUAUUACUCUUCAAAUCCACUUUUUGUGUAGGCAGGAAUCCUGUUAGCUUUUCCUCCGAUAGACGAGACGACUCUUUAGCCCUCGAUCUCUGUUGGACGACACCUCCUUCAACUUCUCCAGUCAUUUUACGGCUCCAAGAAAAAUUCGUGGUUUUUUGAAUGUCAAGUGCUUCGAUUAUACAUACCUCUGGGCGAUUCGUUCUGGUUCGCCC